AUGUCGUCUCCGAAGCUCCAGGUGGCCGUGGCCGGCCUAGGUCGCAUGGGUCUGCGCCAUGCUCGCCAUUUCGCUACCCUGACUCCUCGCGCUGAACUCCUCGCAGUCAGCUCGCCCGUGCAGGCCGAGCUCGACGCCGCAAAGAGAGAAUGGCCCAGCGUGCGAACAUACCUCGACUACGACGAGCUGCUCAGAGAAGAACCUACCCUGCAGGCAGUGGUCGUUGCAAGUGCGACGACGAUUCACGCCGAGCAGGCCAUCAAGGCUAUUGAAAAGGGUCUCCAUGUGAUGUGCGAGAAGCCGCUCAGCACAAGCCCUGAAAUCUCACAAAGCGUCGUCACUGCCUACAAGCAGUCUAUCAAGAAAUUCCCCGCCCAAAAAGUCAUCUGCGGAUUCUCGCGCCGCUUCGACGCUUCAUAUCGCGAUGCUCAUCGCCGCAUGGUCAACGGCGACAUUGGCGUGCCGUCUGUCUUCCGCUCGCAGACGUGUGACAAACUGGACCCUUCAGGAUUCUUCGUCGCAUACGCUGAGUUCAGUGGUGGUAUCUUUGUUGACUGCUCGAUCCACGACAUCGAUCUUGCUCUGUGGUUCUUUGGCGAGGACAGCAUUGUCAAGAGUGUCACUGCUGUCGGAAUCACUGCUGUACAGCCGGAAUUGCGGAAGCACAAUGACCGUGACAAUGCCAUUGGUAUUAUCGAGUUCUACGGCGGAAAAAUUGCCCAGUUGUACUGCUCUCGCAUGAUGGCUGCCGGCCAAGAAGACACCACCGAGAUCUUCGGAACAGAUGGAAAAAUCGCAGUCAACACGCAGCCCCAGCUGAACCUGGUGAACCUCUACGAGUCCACUGGUAUCCGGCGCGAGAUCCCUCCCGACUACUACGGUCGCUUCCGCGAGGCCUUUAUCACCGAGGCCAACGAGUUCACGGCCUCGUGCCUGGACAACACCCCGCCGCCGAUGCGCCUGGAUGGAGCUGUCAAGGCAGUCAAGAUUGGCUGUGCGCUGCAGGAGAGUCUGAUCACGGGCAAGAAGAUCGAAUUCGACGAGAUUGGCCGCCGUGUCGAGGCUGCGAAGCUGUAA